AAGAAACGUGAGCUCGCAAAGAAAAUUUCUUCGAAUGUUUUGGGAGCAACUGAGCAAGAGAGGAGGCCGACAUGGAGGAGGUCCCUAGUGAAGAUUGAACUGAAGAAUCGGUGUGAAAGGAAGACGCAGCCCAAGCCCGCGGGAAAGAGUUUGGCGGAAGAGAGGGAGAGGGAAAAGGCUCUCGCUCCUGUUCAAUAAAGUCAUCCUGACACGUCUACACGAGUUCGUGGCGCAAUUUGCCCGCUUCCUUUCCGGCCUUUUUUGUCGAAUACCGGCGAUUCCGGCGCGACGGAAAGUUGGUUUGGUUUCAGUAACCAUCUCGCUCCUUAUAUCUCUCCUCCUCCUUAUUCUUUGUUCGUCUGAGCGUAGGAUUUUCUCGCUGAUCGGUGAGGCUCCCUUCUCCCUCUCUGUUUCUUGCCAUUUCAUUCUGAAUCGCCAUUUCAAGGUGUUGUCUGUUUUCUUGUUUGAGUGUUGUCUCGGCACUUUGUUAAAGGUAAACAGCUGGCUCUGUUCUGUUAUUUCGAUCAUAUAGGAGCUGCACCAAGAAGGACGGUCCGGUCGGCAGCCGUUGGAACUUUCUGUUUAGAUGGAGAAGCUGAAGCUUGGCGAAUGGGGGGAGCGCAUAAAGAUUGGUGGCGCUCAAAUGAGCAGGAAGGUGAGCGGGAAGAUGAAGGAGAUCCUUCAGGUUCAGACUCCGGAAGGGAAGAUGGUGGACGAGGCAACAUCUGAUCGUCUGGAGGAGCCUGACUGGGCUAUUAAUUUGAGAAUUUGCUCGUUGCUCUCGAGCGAGGAAUUCAGCGGACAGGAGGUGGUGAAGGCGAUCAAGAAGAAGAUUGCAUGUAAGAACCAACAAAGCCAGAGGUUGAGCUUAGAACUUUUGGAGGCCUGUGCUAUGAAUUGCGACAAGGUUUUCUCGGAGAUCGCGUCCGAGAAGAUAUUGGACGAGAUGGUGAGGGUCAUUGAUAAUCCAUUGACGCAUUUUGGCACCAGGCAGAGGGCUUUGCAGUUGAUUCAGGCAUGGGGCGAGUCGUCUGAUCUUGGUUAUCUGCCGGUGUUCCAGCAGACGUAUAUGAGUCUCAAAGCAAGAGGGGCAACAUUUCCGGUUCAUCAAGAUGUUGGUUCUGCAGCAUCAUUUCCACCAUUCAUGGAACCCCUUGUUGAUCAAUCUCCAACAUCUCUACCCCCAGGAUAUCCUGCGGCAGGCAUCACUCAGGGUGGUGGAGAGCAAAUUCCUUUUGUACAUGGCAAUGGCAUUCUUUCAACUGAACAAAAGAAGGAAGAACUUGAAAUAGCUCGGAAUAGCAUUGAACUUUUAUCUUCCAUGUUAGGAUCUGAAUCAAAAGAAGGACCAAUUAAAGACAAUCCAAUCGUGAGCAUAGUGGAGAAAUGUCGGCAGUCACAGGCAUCAUUGAAGAGGAUCAUCGAGAGCACGAGUGAUGAUGAAAGCUUGCUCUUUGAUGCCUUGAAUCUGCAUGACGAGCUUCAACUUGUUCUUUCCAAAUAUGAAGAAUCGCAGGCUGUGAAGGUGGAAGCAGUGCCUGUCCAUUGUAGUCGCCAGUCAACAGAAAACUCGGCCCUGUCUACCACGGUCGAACAAGCUGAAAAACCUGAGCAGAGUGAGGGAACCCUUCAAAGCAAUCAGUAGUCUAAGCUGAUCAUCAUAAUGUCAGUAGAUCCUAUGGAGAGUGCCGUGGGUUUUCAAUUUGUCCGUCCAUGACGAUCGUGCAAGCUGAAGACCCUGACCAGCAAAAAGAAACUCUUCUAAUCAUCCAGCAGCCUAGAGGCUGAUCAGCAUGCUUUGACUAUUUUGUGUGGAGAGUUCCGUCUGUUUUUUCAUGCCUUUCUCCGUCUGUUUUUCAUCCCUUUCUUGCUUGUAUCAUAUGUAGUUCUGAUGGCUUCUUUUGCUUCCUGCUUGAGCGGCCUUAGUGACGCAAAAGCUCGACGGAGCGAUGCCAUACAUUGUUUGGCAUAUGGUUUGUUUAUAUCUCUUCCAGUUUUGUGUGGAAUAAGUUUUCUUUUUUA